GAACAGUAACGCGUUGUACACGCGCCGAAUCUCGCGGCGGACGACUACGGCGGUCUAACCGUCUCCACCACUGCACGCGUCCUUCCUCGGCGUCAGUCCAUCGCGAGGCACCGGUCGUAAAACUCCCCCGCCUCGGCGUAUUUCCCCAGGUCCGUGAGCACGUCUCCCAACAGUCCGAACACGGUCCCGUCGCCCUCCCGUUCCGCCGCGCCGCACACCGCCUUCAGCUCGCUCGCCGCGCGCGUCAACGACGCGACGUCGCCCUUCCUCACGAGCGCGACGGCGGUGCCCUUACCGGCGCCGAGCCACGCCGCGGAGGCUGCGGGGCGUUCCGUCGCGCGCGAAGCGAACGACGUCGGGGUUGCGUCGCGAGGCGUCAGUCGACGACGUCGCGAGGCGUCGCGGCGCGUCGGGAUUGAUGAAACCGAGGGGUAGUGCGCGGAGAGAUGCGCCGGGAGAGAAAGUCCUUAAGGAUCGGCGUUCACCACGCCAACGCGGUCGUAUGGGGACCAGUGUGAGGAAUGCGCGCCUUUGUCGUCCAUCUUCGUCGUGGAGGUGUUGGCGCCGAAAGCGCCGGAGAUGGCGAGCUUCGCCUCGUCGAACGUCGCGAUGGCCGCGUCUAGCUCCCCGAGCUCCAGGAGAUUCGACGCCUUCGUCAACAGCGCGCUGCCCGGGGUCGCGUCGUCGUCGUCGUCGUCGUCCGCGGAGGGCUCCGAGGGCCAGUUGA